AUGGGGAAAGCGGAGAAGUAUGAUAUGUACUCAGUGGAAAUGGGGAAAGACUCUGGAGGAGAGAUGGAUGUUAAGAUCAAGAAGAAAAAGAAAAAAGGUUUGAAAAAGGAGAAGCUGGAGAAUAUGAAGAAAGAGAUGGAUGUGGAUGAUCACCGGUUGACUGUGGAGGAGUUGGAACUGAAAUAUCAGACCAGUGUCACCAAGGGUCUGACAAGCACUGUGGCAGGAGAGAUCCUUCUUCGUGACGGCCCCAAUGAGCUGAAGCCCCCCAAGGGCACCCCCGAGUAUGUGAAAUUCGCCCGUCAGCUGGCCGGAGGACUGCAGUGUCUCAUGUGGGUGGCGGCUGCCAUCUGCCUCAUCGCCUUUGGCAUCCAGUGUGGUCAGGGAGAUCUGACCAGUGCAGACAAUCUUUACUUGGCCAUUGCCCUCAUUGCAGUGGUGGUUGUAACCGGCUGCUUCGGCUACUAUCAGGAAUUCAAAAGCACCAACAUCAUUGCAAGCUUCAAGAAUCUAGUGCCACAGCAAGCCACGGUAAUUCGAGACGGGGACAAGUUCCAGAUCAAUGCCAAUCAGCUGGUGGUGGGUGACCUGGUGGAGAUCAAAGGGGGAGACCGAGUCCCAGCGGAUAUCAGGAUCAUCAGUGGGCAAGGGUGCAAGGUGGAUAACUCCUCUUUGACAGGAGAAUCAGAGCCCCAAGCAAGAACCCCAGAGUAUACUCAUGAGAGUCCCCUGGAAACGAGGAACAUUGCCUUCUUCUCCACCAUGUGCUUAGAAGGCACUGCCACCGGCAUCAUCAUCAACACUGGGGACCGCACCAUCAUUGGCCGCAUCGCCAGCUUGGCCUCGGGUGUGGAGAAUGAGAAAACGCCCAUCGCCAUUGAGAUAGAGCACUUUGUCGACAUCAUCGCUGGCCUGGCCAUCUUCUUUGGUGCCACCUUCUUUGUGGUUGCAAUGGUGAUUGGCUACCCUUUCCUCAGGGCUAUGGUCUUCUUCAUGGCCAUCGUGGUGGCCUAUGUCCCUGAGGGCCUUCUGGCAACGGUCACGGUCUGUCUUUCCCUCACUGCCAAACGCUUAGCCAGAAAGAACUGUGUGGUGAAGAAUCUCGAGGCGGUGGAGACUCUGGGCUCGACUUCUGUCAUCUGCUCUGACAAAACUGGGACCCUCACCCAGAACCGCAUGACGGUCUCCCAUCUUUGGUUCGACAACCAAAUCCAUACUGCAGACACCACAGAAGACCAGUCAGGGCAGAGUUUCGAUCAGUCAUCAGAGACAUGGAGAGCGCUAUGCAAAGUGGUGAGCCUCUGCAACCGUGCCUUUUUCAAAUCAGGCCAGGAUAAUGUGCCAGUGCCAAAGAGGAUUGUGAUCGGAGAUGCAUCGGAGACUGCUUUGCUGAAAUUCUCUGAGAUCACCCUGGGCAACGUGUUGGAGUACCGAGAACGCCACAACAAAGUCUGUGAGAUCCCCUUCAACUCUACCAACAAGUUCCAGUUGUCCAUCCAUGAGCUAGAAGACCCGCGAGACCAGCGCUACCUGCUGGUGAUGAAAGGUGCUCCCGAGCGCAUCCUGGAACGCUGCUCUACCAUCAUGAUCAAGGGUCAAGAGCUGCCCCUCGAUGAGCAGUGGAAGGAAGCUUUCCAAACAGCGUAUAUGGACCUUGGUGGACUGGGCGAGCGUGUGCUGGGGUUCUGCCACCUCUACCUUCCACAGAAUGAGUUUCCACGCGGCUACACCUUUGAUGCGGAGGAAAUGAACUUUCCCACCAGCGGACUCUGCUUUGCAGGCCUCAUCUCCAUGAUUGAUCCCCCCAGAGCCACUGUGCCGGAUGCGGUCAUGAAAUGCCGCACUGCGGGCAUCCGGGUGAUAAUGGUGACGGGAGACCAUCCCAUCACGGCCAAGGCCAUUGCUGCCAGUGUGGGAAUCAUCUCAGAGGGCAGUGAAACAGUUGAAGAUAUUGCGACCCGCCUGCGCAUCCCUGUGGAGCAGGUCAACAAGCGGGACGCCCGGGCAUGUGUAGUCAAUGGGGGGCAGCUGAAAGAUAUGGAUGCCGAGGAACUGGUGGAGAUCCUCAAGAUGCACCCAGAGAUGGUCUUUGCUCGCACAUCUCCACAGCAGAAGCUCAUCAUUGUAGAGAGCUGCCAGAAAUUGGGUGCCAUCGUGGCAGUCACAGGGGAUGGAGUGAACGACUCCCCGGCUCUAAAGAAAGCUGACAUCGGCGUGGCAAUGGGCAUUGCUGGAUCCGACGCGGCCAAGAACGCUGCCGACAUGAUCUUGCUGGACGACAACUUUGCAUCCAUCGUCACCGGUGUCGAGCAGGGGCGCCUGAUCUUUGACAACCUCAAGAAAUCCAUUGCCUACACCCUGACCAAGAACAUUCCAGAGCUGGCACCCUACCUGAUCUACAUCACCGCCAGCGUCCCGCUUCCCCUGGGCUGCAUCACCAUCCUCUUUAUCGAACUGUGCACGGACAUUUUCCCAUCAGUUUCCCUGGCCUAUGAAAAGGCGGAGAGCGACAUCAUGCAUCUGAAGCCGCGCAACCCUCGACGGGACCGCCUGGUCAAUGAAGCACUGGCUGCGUAUUCCUACUUCCAGAUUGGAGUCAUACAGUCCUUUGCCGGCUUCACCGAUUACUUCACCGCCAUGGCCCAGGAGGGCUGGUACCCACUGAAGUGCCUGGGCCUCCGGGCCCAGUGGGAGAACGUCCAUCUCCAGGACCUGGAGGACAGCUACGGACAGCAGUGGACCUUUGGGCAGCGCCUGUAUCAGCAGUACACAUGCUACACCGUCUUCUUCAUCAGCAUUGAGGUGUGCCAGAUCGCGGACGUGCUCAUCCGCAAGACGCGGCGCCUCUCCGUCUUCCAGCAAGGAUUCUUCCGAAACCGAGUCCUGGUGAUUGCCAUCGUGUUUCAGCUCUGCCUGGGCAACUUCCUCUGCUACUGCCCUGGGAUGCCCAAUAUCUUCAACUUCAUGCCAAUACGAUUCCAGUGGUGGCUGGUGCCACUGCCCUUUGGUAUCCUCAUCUUUGUUUAUGAUGAAAUCCGAAAGCUGGGAGUCCGGAGGCAUCCUGGAAGCUGGUGGGACAAAGAACUUUACUAUUAAAGAUGGAGCCUCUCGGACCGCGCUUCUCUCACC